AUGAAUCAGUCAAGUGUAGAACGAUUCGCUGCCAUCGGUGACUCACUGGACAUCAUCUGCCCCUACUACGAACCUGAUGUUGACCCUUCAGCUACAGAACAGAGCAUUAUUUACAGAGUCACUGAGUCCGACUAUGAGACUUGCACAUUGUCAUCGUCGGCAAGAGAACUUGGAAGAUGCAUAGCGCCAAUGAGAAGAGACAAAGUGAAAGUUUCAUUCAGGCUUCUUAGCCCUAACCCUUCAGCAUUGGAUUAUCGACCUGGACAUACCUAUUUCUUCAUAUCUACUUCCACGGGAACCCCUCGAGGCUUAGAAAAUCGAUAUGGAGGACUUUGUGCCAUUCCUGCCUUCAAAAAUACAAUCAACGUCCAGUAUUUCAGUGUAGAACGAUUUGCUGCCAUCGCUACUUCCACAGGAACUCCUCGAGGCUUAGAAAAUCGAUAUGGAGGACUUUGUGCCAGUCAUCAGUUGAAAAUGGUCAUCCACGUCACAGAGAAGAAUGGCGAUACAAGCAGUCAUAUUCAUCGUGUACAUCGAAAACCAGUCACCACUACAACAACUACCACAGAGGCGCCUUCAGAGCCUCAAUGGCCUUCUGAUCCGUUAUGGGGUGAAUUCUUUGAAAAGGUGGCUACUUCCACGGGAACCCCUCGCGGCUUAGAAAAUCGUUACGGAGGAUUGUGCGCCAGUCAUCAAUUGAAAAUGGUCAUCCACGUCACAGAGAAGAAUGGCGAUACAAGCAGUCACAUUCACCGUGUACAUCGAAAACCAAUCACCACCACAACAACUACCACAGAGGCGCCUUCAGAGCCUCAAUGGCCUUCUGAUCCGUUGUGGGGUGAAUUCUUUGAAAAGGUGGGACAA